AAAAGAAUGUACCAAUCCAUGAUGUAGAUUUAGAAAACAGAAUUUUAUAGCAAUUUGAGGCCAUAUGAGUUAGAUUCAUUUUGAUUACGAUUUUCAACUUCGAUGUAAGUGCAUGGCCAAGAAAUAAAUUUUUUCUACAGUAUUAUUUGCUUUUUAUGCCAAAGAAACAUACGGUAUCAUCAAAAACAUAAUAAAUUGCAUUGGUGCGUAAGGAAAUAGACAAAGACAUUGCCCUACUGCUCUUAAUUUUGUUUACGUGUUCGAACUAAAUACCUGUAUAUAUUGACUGAAUUCAGUAAAAGGCUUGUUGGUCUCUUGCAGCUAGACAAAUAAGAUGUUCUUUAUAGUAUUCUCACCAGAUGACAUCUUACACAAAAUAAUCAUUGGAGUAUUAAAACUGCUCGGUUAGAGAAUCCUUCUUUAUACUCGUCAACAAAAGAAGAUACCUUUCCUGUCACAUUGUGAAUAAACUGACACCAGUAACAGCUGUGUCUAUUCAUCUUUGUAAGAUAAAUAGAACAAGUGAGCCUGGAUCUGCUCAAAUUGUUGCUGAAACUGACAGAUUAACCAUGAUGAAGAUACUGAAACUGGUCACUGUGUUAGCUGCUUACGGUAUCAGCGGAGAAACUGAGGUCCUAUCUGGAACUCCCUGCACCCCGGCAGAUUACCGAUCACCCAUGUCAAAUGGUUGCAUGGUACGAAUCUGUUCACAUAGCGAAUCUAACUGCCCGGAACUAGAAAAGUAUGAACGCUGUGGAACACAUAACCUGAAUAACCCAUACAUUGAGGCAUGUAAAUGCUGCAACUUGCCUAGACAUUUAGCCUUGGAGCCGCCUAUAAAGAAAAUGAUCGAUGAACCAUUUUUUAAUCCAGAAGAAUGAUUUUAUAAAAUUUAUUUAAUAAAAUGUCAAAGUUUUGCAAUAAAGAAUAAAAUUAUUAUUUUUUAAGUGAGUAAAAUAAAAAUAUGUGGUCAUGCAAAC